AUGCAUCCGAACCUCUUUCGACAGAAAUGUUUACUAACGACUAUCAGUCUUGCGAUUUCAUAUUCAAUUCUAUAUUAUUUGAUCUUAUAUUCGAAUAUCAACAAAAAAACAUUUCCCGUGUCGAAACCGUUACCAUAUCGAGGUUGUAUUGUGUCUUUGAUCCGUAGUGAUAAACUCGUCAGUUUAAAUCGCUUAUUGAAUAUGCUGAAUUCUUUGACUCUUUAUUUUCGAAAUAUACAUCAAUAUCCGAUAUUUCUCUUCCAUGAACCGACACUAGAAAACGACACGAAACGACAAAUCUUAUACUGUGCAUCGAAGUUGAACAUUCGUUUCUAUGAAAUUCAUUUCAAUGUUACUAUCCCAUCGAAUCGAUCCGGCUACGCAUCGAUGUGUCAAUUUUGGUCUUACGACAUUUGGUUCAAAUAUAACAUUCUUCAAAGUCAAUGUGAUUACGUCAUGCGAUUCGACGAUGAUUCGUAUUUAUCGAAUUUAACUGCAAAUGAUCUGUUCGAAGAAUUUCAUCGUAAUCAAUUAGAUUAUGCUUAUCGAGUUAUUUAUCGUGAUACCAAUGGAAUUGAAUUUAUUCGAGAUAAUCUGCGAUCGUUUCUAGCAACGAAUAAAACACGAAGUGGAUGCAUAGAGUUAAUGUGUUCAUUUUUGAAUGGCCCGUAUGGUUAUGAUGGUUUAGCAGUUUAUAAUAACUUCUUUGUUAUACGUCUUGAUUUAAUGUAUGAGCAUAAAGUCAUUGAAAGAUAUUUAAAACAAUUGAUAGCGCUCGAUGCUUUCUAUCGCUAUCGGGUUGGAGACGCAAAUAUUCAGACGAUCUGUCUACUGUUAAUUGACAAGCCGGUGAAAAUAUCGUCCAUGAAUUUUCCGUAUGCUCACAAUGUGCAUGGAGCGUCAGAUAUUGGUCCAACAUUUGGCUAUUUUGAUACUGUUGCAUUAAUGUGGUAUUUUACAAUGAAAACUCCGAAUGUGACAUGUAAAUCAGUUUUUAUUGCAUCAAGAUACACACUCACAAGAAGAAAUGUUUAA